UCCAGUCGGCCAAGCGACACAUAUACAGUGCCGCCUUAAUCAGAUUCCACCACGUUUACUCCGUUUUGAACGACCGACUUUCGCGUGAUCCGUACGGCAGGAUUCGUUGCUGCAAAACAUAUCUUUCGGUCGGGACCCUCUCCACACGCAUUCGCUUCCCUGCCAUCUCUCUCUAUCUCGGCGCUUCCGAUCUUCGGCUCCCAGAAAUUUUGUUUGUUUUUAUCACCUUCUGUUGGCCGAAUUAGAUGUUGCAGCGGUUCGUUGACAACGUCCUCGCCGUCACCAAAGAUGCAGGUCUGUGAAGACAUUCACCUAUGAAUCUCUGAACAAUAUCGUGAGGCUGAUAAAUGGAGUGUCAGCACUUUUGUUGACUAUUUUACCCGGAAAGGCUACUAUACUUGAAGGUAUCCAUGGCUGGGAGCUCAGACCAACCUUUCGUGGUCCUCGAUUUCCUCGUUGGAUGGAAAAUGGAGUGUCUUCUUUCAACCAGCUCAUUCAUGAGCUUUCUGUGGAUUCUGAUACAUCAAGUGUAGAUUACUCAUCUGCUGAAGAAGAUAGUGACCUAAACAUAUAUCCUGCAUCACCAUCAUCUCAGAGUUCACGAGCCUCUGGGGCUAGUGCUUUUACCAAGUAUGAUAGGCAUUAUAGAGGAUGGAUCAGAUGCUUAUUCUUUUGGAUUCUGUUGCCUGCCAAAUUGCUCCUGGGAAUCCCGGUUUAUCUUUGUCAUUUUCUUUAUAAUAGGGGAUCAAAAGCCCCUGCUGUAUCUGAAAACCAAUCUCCAAAUUUACGUUCGAUUAAAAGAGCGCUAACCCUCAAGGACCACAUUGUUCACCGUACCACUGACAGGAGACGUGGAGUCAUAGAGGAUCUUCAUCUAGCAAUUGAGAUCUUCAUAGAAGCCAUUUUUGAUGUUGUUCAUAAGGCAGCUCAUUUUAUUCUUUCCCCGUUAGAGGCUCUCAGAAAACUAUCAGGCUGGAUCUCAUCUCACAAUGGGGGUACUAGAGAGAAUGAUGGAAGUGUUUUGGAAGCCUCUUUCACUACAGCUACACUUGGGGAAAAUGAUCCAGCUCCUACUGAACGAAAUACUACUUUUCAUCAUCAAUCUCUAAAUACAGAUGCUCGGACAUGUCAAGAUGUCAUAACAGAGCUUGGGUACCCAUACGAAGCUAUCCAUGUGAUCACUGCAGAUGGAUAUGUUCUUCUUUUGGAAAGAAUCCCUCGACGUGAUGCAAGGAAAGCAGUUUAUCUUCAGCAUGGAAUUAUGGACUCAUCUAUGGGCUGGGUGUGCAAUGGGGUUGUUGGUUCGCCUGCUUUUGCAGCCUUUGAUCAAGGAUAUGAUGUUUUCCUUGGGAAUUUUCGAGGCCUGGUUUCUAGGGAACAUGUUGACAAGAACAUUUCCUCACGACAGUACUGGCGAUAUUCCAUCAAUGAGCAUGGGACUGAGGAUAUUCCUGCAAUGAUAGAGAAAAUUCACCAAGUGAAAACUUUAGAAUUGAAGCUUAGCCGACCUGAUCUUGAGCUGGAAACUGAUGAUCAGCUUUACAAACUUUGUGCAGUUUGCCAUAGCUUGGGAGGAGCUGCCAUGUUGAUGUAUGUUAUAACACGCCGGGUGGAAGAAAAGCCUCACAGAUUAUCUAGAUUGGUUUUAUUAUCUCCUGCUGGCUUCCAUGCUGAUUCUAAUUUCGUUUUCACCAUCGUGGAGCAUCUUUUCCUUGUGUUGGCCCCUAUUUUGUCACCAUUUGUGACUAGCUUUUAUAUACCAACCAGAUUCUUCCGUAUGCUACUUAACAAGUUGGCUAGGGAUUUUCAUAACUAUCCUGCAGUUGGAGGGUUAGUUCAAACCCUGAUGAGUUACGUUGUCGGUGGAGACAGCUCAAAUUGGGUUGGUGUGCUAGGUUUACCGCACUACAAUAUGAAUGAUAUGCCAGGAGUUUCAUUUCAUGUGGCUCUCCACCUUGCACAGAUGAAGCACUCUAGGAAGUUCAAGAUGUUUGAUUAUGGGAGUGCAUCUGCCAACAUGGAGGUGUAUGGAUCUUCCGAGCCAUUGGACUUGGGUGAAUGCUAUUGGCUCAUUGAUAUUCCAGUUGAUCUGGUUGCCGGACGGAAGGACAAGGUAAUCCGGCCGUCAAUGGUGAGAAAGCACUACAAGUUAAUGAAGGAAUCGGGUGUGAAUGUAUCAUACAACGAGUUUGAGUAUGCCCACUUGGACUUCACAUUCUCCCACCAUGAAGAACUCCUGGCAUAUGUCAUGUCGCGCUUACGGCUGGUGGAUCAUACUCAAAAACCGUCAUCAUCCACUUCCAGUCCAAGGGCUGAGGGGCUGAAGAAAAAAGACAGAUAAAACAGUUAGUGCAUGGUUACACUACACUACAUCUUACGAUUUCAUCCUUUUUUAUUCAGGUUUCACCGUUUCAGCAUGUUGUUUAUCUGUAAGAGGCGCUUUAUAGUUGUAGAUGAUUUGAGUAGAUCCAUAUCGAUCACCUUAGUAAUAUCAGUGUGUAUGUGUUUGAGCAUUAUUCCCAUUAGUUUUAUCAAGGGAAAUGAUCUGCUUGGGCUAGGUCUCUGCUCAAAGGUUGUAUUACUUUGUAAUAGGAUGACUGAAUUAAUGGCAUGUGUCAUAUGUGAUUAUCUCAUUCUGCAGAAUGGUUUUUGUGUAA